CUCUGUCGAUGGUUAGUGUUUGUCCCCCAUUGCCCGUCACAGAGAAGCGAGGGUUGUUGACGGGAGCAUAGUUUACAAACCACGAGUAGUCCAUGUAAAACCUUUUAUCAGAACUUUGACGAUGUCUCGAUUAACCAAAGAUCAAGUAAAUUAUCCACCAGAAGAGGUUGAUCCUUUAGUAAUGCUGUCUAAUAUUCAACACCAAAUUGGACAUGCUGUAGAAGAUGCGGCUGGAGAUGUAACUGCUAAAAAUAAACUAAAAUCAGGAUCUCUCUUUAGUACUUUUGAAACUGGCAAUCAGAUAAUGCUGGUUUCUAGAACUAGUGGACGGGCCCUGAGGAUACUACGGACUAAAGCUGAUAAACUCAAAGUGGAUGGAAGAGGGGCUGUAACACGCCAAGAAUGGAACGCGGUUUGGACGGUCAUUAAUGAGGGACACAAUCAGGUUCGGCUUCAUAAUCACAAUAACUUUCUAGCAAUCGUCAAUGGAGAAGCUACCGUGAUCACUGUACCAGAGGGAUCUGAACACAAUAUAUUAAAAACUAAGCUUCAGUUGGUGCUGGAUCCGGAGAGUUUUGUAGCCCUGGAGUCUAUUCAGGAACCAGAGAAGUGUGUGGGGGUGGAAGACAAUGGAAGCAUGAAGGCAGCAGAGAACUGUACUUCUUCCGAUAACCACGCCAUGUUUGGUAUUCAUUUGAUAGUAAGAUUACGCCAUAUUUGCUGUUAUUUCAUCUUCGCGUGAGAUUUUUCACUGGCUAUGAAGGCGAUAGCAAGGUUAAUGUUUCCGAGACAGCAACAAUUUUCCGAUGCAAAGCGAAGCACCUACAGAUAUAGUUACAAUACACUUGAUUUUGUGGAGAAAAAAAGGUAUUUAAUUGUAUAUGUACCGAAGAAAAGUUUAUAUGUCGGUUGUGUAGAGUUUGUUGAUGGUAACAAAUUGGAGUUAUCGGACUUUGAACAUGGAUAAAGUAGAGGUGUUUCGAGAAAAAAAAAAAUAAAGGAUGACUAUUUACCAUUUACAAACAGCACAUACACAUUUCACGUUAUAUAAAAUAGCAUAUUUUUUGUCGUCCUUUUACACGGAGGUAUAAAAAGUGUAUAUUGGCCAAUGAGUCAAAGAGUAUUUAAAUUGUACAAUUACUAGUAUUACAUUUGAUAUAUAAUUGACCGAGACCAUGACUUAUAUUAACUGACUUAAGAGAAAAAAAAUAAAAUGUUACCUGCUAGUAAUAAUACUUUUUAUUUACAGGAAAAGGGCAUGAGACUUAUCGAAAAAAAUACUUUGAAGGAUAUAGAUACCGGUCUGCUAAAGAGUCUGACUUGAAGCUGAAGAAUAUGCACGUGACGGUUUUAACGUUAGCCAUAUUGGAGUGUGCAACUUGUAGUUUUUAUCAAAUACAUUGUGUUGUGAAUGUAAAUCUGAUUUUGUUGUAUAAGAAAAAUGGUAAUUACACAGCAUUCAUAUGUGUUGUAUGAUUGUUAAUUUAUUGUUCUUUGCCUAUAAUGACACUCCUUGCAAUCAAGGCAAAAGUCAUUUUGAUUUCUAAGUUUUAAUGUAAAUAAUAUUUGCACGUUUAUUCAAAAUUAUUUUUUCAACUGUAAGGGUAGAGUGUAACACUUUAAGAUAUAAUAUGAACAAAAGCAAUCUCACUGUCAAAAAAUUUUGAAAUCUGGAAUAAAAGAUCAUUUAUUUUUAAAAUCUAAAACUUUCUAGUCUAGAACUCUUGAAAUACUGAUCACUACCUGACAGUUAAAACAAAUGCUACGUUACGAUGUAAAAACUUCGAAUUCUUUAGGAUAAAACACAAAAUUACGACUAAUCUUAGUGUUUGAAUUUUGAAAUGAAAUUAACAAAAGAUAUACAAACUAUAUUCAUUUUAAAGAAAUGUAAUUCAUAUAUUACUCAAAGAAUCUGGUUUUUAUUAUAUCUUAUGAAAUAAGAAAUAAUCUCUUCUGGAAUUUCUUAACACUUUGAUCAGUGAUGACUUAUUUACACUAUAUCGUAAUUAGAAUUCGACCAUUGCCAAUUCCAACCAAACGAUGGAAAUAUGGCUAAAUCGUUCCUUUUAUAUCGAGUUGGGCUGGACUUGGACCAGUAACUGUUUAGAAUUAUGUGGUGUUAUGCUUAGAAUGUCGAUGUCAUUUUUCAGUAUUAUAUAAUUUAUAUAAGAUUGAUUUUCAACACCUUGAAACAAAUAAUAUGAAUAAAAAAAAUUC